AUGAAGCUCCUCCUAACAUCAUUCUGGUUCGUCUCGUGCAACCUUCUCUACGUUGAAGCAGAAGUGGGCCAAAAUGGCUCUUUCCGUGGGCUCGGUCCUGUGAACGGUGAUCCUAACGACAAGCUCUAUCACAAGCAGAAGGCUUAUCUUGAGGCCAUCUCUAUACCGGAGGCUUGGGGUAUCCUGGACUCUACUCCCAAGAGAACACCUGUGACCAUCGCAGUUAUUGACAACGGAAUCGAGGCCACUCACCCUGACUUGAAGGGUACCGUCAUCCAGGGCUACAACGUGGUUGAUAAGAAUGAUGAUACCAGUCCUCGAGGAGAGCAUGGAACCAACAUGGCUGGCAUCGUUGGUGCUAUCAGGAAUAACAAGAUCGGUAUGGCGGGUAUUCUGGACAGGGUGCGCAUACUGCCCAUAGUCACGGGUGCAACUUCGACUUUUCGCACAUUGACGGAUGCUUUCACCUACCUGAUCAAUGAAAAGAAAGAUGAUGUAAAAGUUAUUCUCAUGACGGACGGAACCGCCAAAUCAAGUUCUCGAGCCGUUACAGACAAGAUUUUGGAAGCAACUGCAGCUGGCAUGCUCGUUGUUGUUGCGGCAGGAAUCGCCACCUGGAUCUGGACAUAA